AUGCCAGCAGUGUUUGGCAAUAAGAAGCUGAAGACUGGAGAAAUGGUUGCCUGGCAAAAAGGCAAAAUUAUGGCACUGCGAUGGUGUGACAAGAUAGAUGUGUGCCUAAUGAGUACAGUUCAUAAUACCUCCACUGUUAUGGUACGCACAAAAGGUGGGAAAGAAAUCAUGAAGCCACAAGUAGUGAUAAAUUACAAAAACACCAUGGGAAGUGGUCGACAGAGCCGACCAAGCAAUGACAUUCUACCCAGCAAUGAGGAAACAGCAAAAGAAGUACUACAAGAAGAUCUUCAGGCAUCCUCUUGA